UUUUGUGAUUUGACGUCAUAGCGCAAAGGGCUGAGCCUUACAGUCACACAGAGAACUCAAUGUCUAAAAGAGGAGAGGGGCCAGGGAGGUGUGGGCCAGUGGAUUAGCUGAAGCAGAGGUGCCCAGGGCUAUGGCUGACGCCAUCACCUACGCAGACCUGCGCUUUGUGAAAGUGCCCUUGAAGAACAGCGCAUCUAACCAUUUAGGACAGGACUGUGAGGCCUAUGAGGAUGGGGAACUCACCUACGAGAACGUGCAAGUGUCUCAAGUCCCAGGAAGGCCACCAGGCUUGGCUUCCCCUGCACUAGCGGACAAAGCAGGGGUCGGGUCAGAGCAACCAACUACGUCCUGGAGUUCCGUGAAGUCAUCUGCUCUCGGGCAGAUUCCCAGCUGUCCUACAGUCUGCUUGCAGUACUUCUUGCUCGGCCUUCUCCUGACCUGUCUGAUGUUAGGGGUGGCUGUCAUCUGCCUGGGAGUCUACUAUCUGCAGGUGUCUCAGCAGUUCCAGGAGGUGACCAGGAUUUGGGAAGUCACCAACAGCAGCUUGCAGCACCAGCUCAGGGAGAAGAUAAGUCAGCUGGGGCAGAAGGAGGUGGAGCUUGAGGAGUCUCAGAGAAAGCUGACCUCGAGUCAGGACACAUUACAGGAGACGCAGAAGACCCAUGAGGACACUGAGCAACAACUACAGGCCUGCCAGGCUGAGAGAGAGAAGAUAAAGGAGAACUUGGAAAGUAAGGAGCAGCAGAGGAGGGACCAGGACCAGAGGUUCCAGGAUAGGUUGAAGAACAUUCGGGACACACUGAUGCGCAUGUCCUCCUGUUCAUCAGACACCUGCUGUCCGUGUGGAUGGAUUCAGCAACAGAAAAGGUGUUUUUACAUCUCACAUACCCUCAGAAGUCGGGAGGAGAGCCAAAAAUACUGUGAAUCUCUGUCCUCCAAACUGGCUGCACUCAUCGAACCUUCUAAGUAUCAAGUUCCUCUGCCCAGAGGCUUAAAGGAGAUGCUAGAUGGUUCAAAGUCAUAUUGGAUCCAGCAGAUGAGCCAUACUGCAGGUUCACAAAGUUUCUGGAGUUAUGAAUCUUCUCAAAGCUCACAUUGUGACGUGCUAAAAACCUAUUACAAGUCAUGGUGGGAAAAAUAUUCCAAGUGUACAGAGCCUCACCCCUGCAUUUGUGAGAUGGAGGCCUUCAGGUUUCCUGAUGAGAUCCAUCUGAACUGAAAUGGACACUUGAACAAGACCUUGUGAUCUACAUCCUUAACCUAUGGCCUGCCAGUUCUUAAGACUGCUAUUCCUCCAGCACUCCCUCACUCUUGGGCGUGCCCAGCUAAGGGCUGAUUCUGGUCUGGCGACCUGCUGCUUGCUUGAAAGCUGCUCCAGAAACUGACUAUUCUUGGGAAGAGUAAAGAAGCCUCCAGAAAAAGACUUUGACCUUCCUUAACAACUUCCCAAACUAGAGAUGGGUCAGGGGAGGGCGCUCCGCUGAGUGGAUGGAUGGCCCGGAGCCAGCCAGGCAGUUUUAUUGAAAUAUUUUUAAAUAAUUUGCACGUGUUA